AUGGCAGAAGCGUCGUCUCAGACGCCGGCCACGGUGUCGACUCCCUCAUCGUCGGCCACAGGCACCGUGACAGGGCCUGGCAUGGGCCCACAGGACUCUGCAUCGCACUCGCAAUCCGUCAACGGCAGCCAGAAUGACCUCGACAACAGUUUGGACUCGUCGACUAAGGCUCCCAAGGACCGCAACUGCCCAUUCUGCAACCAGGCCUUCACCUCUUCAUCCCUCGGCCGCCAUCUGGAUCUCUACAUCAAGCCCAAGAACCCCAAGCCGGCAGAUGGCAUCCACGACGUCGAAAAAAUCAAGGUCAUGCGAGGCGGCAUCACGAGACGCCAACCGCGAAACAGCCUGAGGGCCAGCGCCAACAACAACAGCAGGCUCCAGCACGACGACGAUGGAGCCAGCGACCGCGGCACCCCGACGGGCCAGUGGGGUCGCCGUAUGACCAUUUCAUCUCAAGACACAGCUGGCGGCGCCUCGAGCGCCAUGGGCGUCAGCCCCGUCAACCUGCGCGACCCCCGUUUCGGCCUCAACACUGCUUCCUGGCAAGGCACCGGCGUCAUCAACAACCUGCCUCCACGCAUCUCGGAUCUUUCUUCGUCCAACCGUCCCAACGUCGCCCACCUGCAGCGCUCCUCGCACGCCAAAGACCAAGAUUCUCAAGAUGAUGCAAAAGCCGCCGAAUUGGCCCUGCGUGAACUUCUCGACAGUCUCGAGGCUGCCAGACGCAGAGUGUCGCACCAAGAUGUCUUCAACUUCGACUUCUGCUCCAUGAACUUCCCAUCCUUGUGCCUCCAUGCCCUUCCCGCUCCACAGACCCUCUUCUCCAUGACUCCGUUUGCGAGCAGCGAAUCGUGGUCCCUCGACGUUCCCUCCGAUGCCCAGCUUGACGCCCUCCAACGCCAGAUCACACAACGUGUUCAACAGAUGCCUACAUCCGUUCCCGAGAAAGACGUCCGCAGGCUACAGAUGCAUCUACAGGCCGCCUGGAACAAUUGGUCUCCACUCUCGGACAAGGACAAGAGCUCUACUUGGGAGAUUGAGAUCUUGCGUGCAUUCGCUCGUGCUAAUCAGCAAUCAAAAGAGAAGGACGAAGAAUUGGCCAAAGCACAACAAGAGAUCGCCCAGCUCAAGGAACAGUUUGCCCGCAUGAGCAACCUACAAUUGCCCCGCGAGUUCAUGCUGCAGCCUCCCGUCUCGCUGCCCCUCGACCCUGCCAUCGUUUCCGACAUGUUGACCAAGGACCAAUCUCGUGACUGGGACUACGACCGCAUGAUUGGCAGAUGGAGAGGUGCUGUCAAGGCCGGUAAAGCUGGCGGCGCUGGCGUCAGUCUCCAGCCCUCGCCGAAUGAGCAGGCUGCCAUCUCGACUCCAUCUGCCAACGCAACCGCCGCCUCCUCCAGGAACCUGCAACCCACGCCCGCUCAGCUACCUACGACUUCUCCCUACGAUAUAAGAGCGAACCAGAACUCUCUCCAGAACGGUCAUACCACUUCUCGUCAAUUGAGCACUCACCACAUUGACGACGACGAAGAUGCUGACGCUGAUGCCGACGCCGAUGCUGAUGCUGACGCUGACGCCGAUGCUGAUGCCGACGGCGAAGAUGCACCAAUGGGCAAUGCGCCGCACUGGGGCUCCCACCCUCAGCACAGCUUCACCGACACCCACAUGGGCGGCAUGACCAAUGCCAAUGGCAAGCGCCCCCCUCCCCCCUUCGACCGUUCCAACUCGAAGAACAUGAAAAUGUACCAUGAUAGUCCUCUUCCUUCUGAAACCGAUGUCUUUGGCACACGUGCCGUCGGUCAGGUUUAA